CACUUUUUAUAAUGAGGAUUUCAGUGUAGGGUUUUCUGCAGGAUACCAUUUGGUCCUACUAAGAACUGACUGUUCAAAUGUUGGAACAUUUGAUCGGAAAAUACUUCUUAGUCUUUUUAAAGAUAGGUUACCACUGAUUAGAAGAACUGACUCCUUCUAAGACUCAUCAGAUCAUUUCCUGUAAAAACUAUAUCUUUCUAAUUGUGAAAAAGAACCAGACCUCUUGGCAACCACCUUCAUCAGACCCGGGAGUUUGAAGGAAGCAGGUGCUGCAGUUCAGUGUUUUCCUUGAACAAGAAACAUGGGCUGCAGUCGAAACUGUGGGCUCAUUGCCGGUGCGGUCAUUGGUGCAGUCCUGGCUGUGUUCGGGGGGAUUCUAAUGCCAGUUGGAGACAUGCUUAUUCAGAAGACAAUUAAAAAGGAAGUUGUCCUUGAAGAAGGCACGAUUGCCUUUAAAAAUUGGGUUAAAACAGGCACAGAUGUUUACAGACAGUUUUGGAUAUUUGAUGUGCAGAAUCCAGAUGAAGUGGCAGUUAAUAGCACCAAAAUUAAAGUUAAGCAAAGAGGUCCUUACACGUACAGAGUUCGUUAUCUAGCCAAGGAAAAUAUAACCCAGGACUCUGAGAACCACACGGUCUCUUUCCUACAGCCCAAUGGUGCCAUCUUUGAACCCUCGCUAUCAGUUGGAACUGAGGAUGACACAUUCACCAUUCUCAACCUGGCUGUAGCCGCUGCACCACAUCUCUAUCCAAAUUCAUUUGUUCAAGGAAUACUCAACUCACUUAUCAAAAAGUCAAAAUCUUCUAUGUUUCAAAACAGAACUUUGAAAGAACUACUGUGGGGCUAUACAGAUCCAUUCUUGAAUUUGGUUCCAUAUCCUAUUGCCACUACAGUUGGUGUGUUUUAUCCUUACAAUAAUACUGCAGAUGGAGUUUACAAAGUUUUCAAUGGAAAGGAUGACAUAAGCAAAGUUGCCAUAAUUGACACAUACAAAGGCAAAAAGAAUCUCUUCUAUUGGUCAAGUUAUUGUGACAUGAUUAAUGGUACAGAUGCAGCCUCAUUUCCACCUUUUGUUGAGAAGACAAGGAUAUUGCGAUUUUUCUCCUCUGAUAUUUGCAGGUCUGUCUAUGCUGAGUUUGCAGCUGAAAUGAAUCUGAAAGGAAUCCCUGUGUAUAGAUUUACUCUUCCAUCCUUGGCUUUUGCAUCUCCAAGUGAAAAUCCAGACAACCACUGUUUCUGCACAGAACAAAUUAUCUCAAAAAAUUGUACCUUAUAUGGUGUGCUAGACAUCAGCAAAUGCAAAGAAGGAAAACCUGUGUACAUUUCACUUCCCCAUUUUCUACAUGGAAGUCCUGAACUUGCAGAACCUAUUGAAGGCUUAAGUCCAAAUGAAGAAGAACAUAGGACGUACUUAGAUGUUGAACCUAUAACUGGAUUUACUUUACGGUUUGCAAAACGGCUGCAGAUCAACAUACUGGUCAAGCCAGCAAAAAAAAUUGAAGCAUUAAAGAAUCUGAAGCACAACUAUAUUGUGCCUAUUCUUUGGCUUAAUGAGACUGGUACCAUUGGUGAUGAGAAGGCGGAAAUGUUCAGAAAUCAAGUGACUGGGAAAAUAAACCUCCUUGGCCUGGUAGAAAUCGUCCUGCUCAGUGUUGGUGUGGUGAUGUUUAUUGCUUUUAUGAUUUCAUACUGUGCAUGCAGAUCAAAGAAAGUAAAUUAAGGAGCAAAAGAGUCUCUACAUUUAUGCACCAGCUAUGUCAGGACCUUUCUUAAUAUCACCUUACAAAAGUCAAGAUUUUCAUGCUUUAUUUUUGCAAAACACACCUUAUCUUACAGUUCAAGAACUGGUGACUCUCCCUCCCUCUACCCCUCCCCGCAUAAGUAGCAGCACAUUUCAAAAGGAUUAUUAAGACAUCAUUAAAAUCCACACUUUGAACAAAAAACCAGCACUUUUAAAAAUUCAACAUGUUCACAAUGGUAUGGACUUCAGUUUCUACAGAUGUGGCUUGAGCAUGAUCCACUUAUUUUUAUUGGUACUGAUUCACCAAUUUAUUCCCAAUGCUAAAUUCAGCAGAGAGAUGGUCAUUCUACACAAUUCCUGGACCCUGAACACUAGCCUUCCUCAUCGAAAGGAAAACAUCACUACCCUCAUCAGUAUCCCUGCAAAACACAGACCCCAGUACUGUCAGUCCAUUGCCUCUGAAGAGCAAAUAUUUUGAAAGAUAUUUGAAAACGUAAACUAAAUGACUGGCCUAUGAACCAUCUAUUAUACAUUACUCAAGUUUUUUUCUCAAUGGAAUCCUUUGUACAGCAUCAGCAAGGCAUUAUAGCCAUGGUAUUUAUAACAAUACGGGCUUAUAUUUUUGUCAGUGGUUAUGCAUUUGGACAUUAGAGAAGGAAAUGGCAACCCACUCCAGUGUUCUUGCCUGGAGAAUCCCAGGGACGGGGAGCCUGGUGAGCUGACGUCUGUGGGGUCACACAGAGUUGGACACGACUGGUGACUUAGCAGCAGCAGCAUGCAUGCAUUUGGACAUGUUUGAGAACUUUGCUAUCUUCCAUGUUCUACCGCUCUUCUGGAAAUCUGAGCAAAUUUUCAUCUUUCUACUCAGUUUCAUACACCUUAUGCUUGGCUACUUCAGAAGCUGUGCUAGCACUAAGAGAUGUAAAUGAUAAUACAGAAAUUAUUGUGUGGGAGAUUACUAGCUGUAGAAUGUUCACUCAUAGUCAUUUGUUGUAAAAUUUCUUGCUUUCAUUGUCACCUCAGAAAGACUGGUUUUGAACAUUAAAAGAUGUUCCUUAAAAUCUU